CAAAGGUAUAAACUACCCCCGUUCAGGCAAACAAUCGCAAUUCCAAACAAUCGCAACUCUCCCUUUCCAUUUCACGAGAUACGGUAUUUUUGCACCGCACUAUAUUAUAUAACCGCACUAUUUCUUAAUGCGAACCGAAUUUCGUUAACAAAAAAAAAUAGUUCCUUAUGUUCGGUAACAAGUUAGAAAAUUGAUUCAUGCAUUGAAUAUAGAGGGGUUGUCAUACAUUUCGAAUUAUAUCACAUUAUCGAAAAUUAAAAUUACAGUUCGGUUAUAUUUUGUACUGUUCGCAGAAAUUAUAUAAAUGCGCGAGUGAAUCACGUGACUGACUCUUCAAUGACGCCAUUUUUUAUUCAACAGCCCAGAUUGAAACGCAGUUUCGACUUCGUUACCUGACACAGAUAAUCAUAUCAGGAUAUUUGAAGAAAUUGUAUGUUAUAUGACAGACUGUUGUGUGAGGAUUUGAUUGUGACGUGGUUAUUGUUUUAUGAGAAGACUUACUGUAUGCUGUAUGUUAUAUGACAGACUGUUGUGUGAGGAUUUGAUUGUGACGUGGUUAUUGUUUUAAGAGAAGACUUACUGUAUGCUGUAUGUUAUGUGACAAACUGUUGAGGUUUUGAUUGUGACGUGGUUAUUGUUUUAUGAGAAGAUAUAGAAGUGUAUGCUGAGAGGAUCACAGCCUUGUGUGUGAGGUUUAAUCAGCUUUUGGUUGUGAAGCUGUCAGUUGUUUAAAAAGAAACCGUUAAAAACUCGUAUUUACUGUUCCUCCUGCAUAUCAGAACAGGUUUGUAAUCGUAGACCUGUGUGUGGUUAUGAUUAUGACAUAUUCAGCUGUUUGCAAAGUAACCUUGAAGAUAGUAUCCAUUUGCAAAGAUUGCGAGAAGGAGAACACACAGAAGAGGACCUGCUUGUGUUACAGGACAGACAAGUUGCCAACUUUGGAGUAAGUGGAGAGAAAAUCAAACAUUUACCUCAUUUGUUCUGUACAAGAGCUGAUGUUCGCUCUCACAAUGACACUAUCCUUGCAGAAAUACCCUCUACAAACAAAAUUGACAUUGAAGCAAUUGACACUGUUUCAGGUAAUGUUAGUUCUUCAAUUCAUAAUAGAAUUCUUUCAAGAAUACCUUUAGACCCAAGUAAAACAAUGGGCCUGCAGAAAAAAUUAGUACUUGGGAUAGGCAUCCCUGCAGAACUGUGUACAAAUGUUGACACCACUGAUGGACUUACAAAUGGUGCGUCAUGUUGCAUUAAGAAAUUUGACUACCGGGUUGAGAAUUCAUGCAGAUGUAGCAUAGUUUGGGUCAAGUUUGAUGAUGAGACUGUUGGCAAAAAAUGGCGUGUAAAGUAUAGGCAUUUAUAUGAAGAUGGUAUAGAAAUGUCCUGGACCCCAGUUUUGGAAAUAUGUAGGAGAUUUAUGUAUAAAUACUACAAAACUUACCAAAUUGUCAGGCGUCAGUUUCCUCUCUAUGUAUCUGCUGGUAAAACAAUUCACAAGGCACAAGGUUCAACAAUUCAAGAGGCUGUUAUGCACUUUGGGUCAAAAGCAAUUAAUCAUGUUCAUUAUGUUGGUCUCAGUAGGGUCACUAGCCUGUCUGGUGUGCAUAUUUUAAAUCUUAACCCUGCCAAAAUUAGUGUUUCAUCAGAUGUUCAGAUGGAAAUGGAACGCUUAAGAACACAUAGGCAAAUAUCUUUUCCUGAAGCUCCUGAUAAUUCUGUUGAUUCAAUGAGAGUGUGUGUUCAAAAUUGUAGAUCUUUAAGGAAGCACUUUGAAGAUGUAAAAAAUGAAAACAACUUACUGUCGGCUGAUAUUAUAGGCUUUGUUGAAACAAGAUUGGGCACUUUUUCUGCUGAAUAUAACAUUGAUGGUUUCAAAAUGUUGGCUUCUACACCGGAACAAUCACUUCAUGGGAUUACAGUUUACUACAGAAAUAAUGUAAACAUUACAUCAUAUGAUUUUAAAACUGUAUCUGGAAUAGAAUGUGCAUUUAUAGCUAUUGGGGAUCUUCUUAUCACUUUUGUUUAUUGUCCUCCAAAAGUAGCAACUAUUGCAAAUUUCACUGUUUUCCUCUCCUCAGUUUCUGAAAAGAUUUAUGGGCAUUUUGUUCAAAAUCAUAGGACUGUGAAACUUGUAAUAAUGGGAGACUUCAAUUAUGAAUAUGCAGAAAGUAGCAGUAUUUCACAGGUGUUUAGGAGCACUAGCAUUCAAUUAAAUCAGUUGAUUGAUCAAGUGACUACUGACUAUGGUAGUUGUCUAGACCAUAUAUAUACUGAUUCUCCUUUCCAUGGAUCUGGGGCAUUCGAAUCCUAUUAUUCUGACCAUAAAGUCUUGUAUAUUGAUCUCAAAAUAUAGUCAUAUUUGACAUCAAUGAGAGUUGUAAUACAAAUGGCAAUGCAAGAUAUAUUCAAAAUUUAUGCAAAUAUUAAGCAGCUGUCGUUCAAAUUCUGAUAUGUUCAUCAGGAGCAAAAUUGGUAAAUUUAUGUUAAGUAUAUUUAGUGUGCUAAAAAAGUAUUUCAUAAAUUGAUGAAAACAUUCAGCAUACCUCAAAACCGGUUUUUCCAUUGAUGAUGCUGAUGCAAUAAAACUUAUUAUAUUAAAUUAAUUAAGGCUAUAAACAAAAUGAAAAAUCGAAUUCGAUCUGUUCAUCACAGUGAUUUUUGUGCGCCACUUUAGUGGCGGGUAUUUAGAUUACCCUUGUCCGUCCUUCCGUCCGUCCGUUCUCGUUUGUAUCCCACGUUACUCAAAAAGUAUUUCACCAAGAGUCAUGAAACUUUACGGGAAUGUUGGUCAGCAUGUGUAGUUGUUCACCUGGGUAUUUUUGUCUGGAUAUUUUUAGUAUUUUUAGAGUUAUUGCACUUGACUUAGUAAAAACCGUUUCAUAAUGUUGUUUUUUGUUCCUCGAGUGCUUGAUUUAGAAUCAACCAACUUUACAGGAAUAAUGAUCAACAUCACUAAAUUACAGGAAUAAUGAUUCACAUUACUGUGAAGCUUUGCCCCUGGGACUUUGCAUGUGGAAUUUUUCAGUUUUGUUAAAGUUAUUGCCCUUGACUUACAGUAGUAUAAAUUUGCAAUUUCCAAAUUGUUCAUGCAUAGCUCAAAAAGUAUUUCACUUGUAGGCCUGAAAGUUUAAAAGUUGGUCAGCAUGUGUACUUAUGCACCUUGGGAUUUACUUGUGGAUUUAUUCAGUAUUCGUAAAGUUCUUGCCUUUUACUUAGUAAAAGAUUUUUAGUUUUCAAAAAAUAUUUGACCUGGAGUCAUAUGAUUGACAGAACAGUGGCGCGGUGGGGGCACCCGUGUCUUAUGGACACAUUUCUAGUUAAUUCCUUACUUACUCGUAUGCCAAUGAAAAGUUAUUUUUAAAUUUUUUUUCCUGUUUAUUACAAUGGUUGCAUAUUUUUUGAACCCAUCCUUUACUUAAAUUGUACUGGAGUACUGAAUGAAAUAGCUAAAAAAAUAAUUAAAAAUCAUGUCACUACUUUUAAGUUUUUCCCAGUGUAAGUAUUCUUUGUGUAGAGUCCAUUACGUAAUAAUAAUAUAAAAGGUAUCAAUUCAUAAACAUUAUUAUUAUUAAUGCACCAACCCCUGCACACUAGAAUUUGUGAAAUUGAUGUUUCUACCCCUGCCUAAAUAUGCACUUUUGCUCAUUUAAACCAUUUCUAGGUGAGCAAUUAAGGGUUGUUCCUCAACAUUAUCAUAAGGCACUUAGUUUGUGACUUCACUCUAGGCAGUUUAUCAUUUGUACAGAUAAAAUGGUUAAAUUGAAUGAAUUACUGGUUAAAUGGAAUGAAUUGCUUGUUUGAAUACUGAAUAAAGUGUUUUAUUUUU